AUGGGUGAUGGUGGUUACAGACAUGUCUACCGAUCGGCAAACGCGGCAACACACAUCAUGGCACAUAUGAAGACAAGAUGGAAUGAAACUGAAAUUUGGUUUGAUAGACCCCCUAUGAGUGUAAUUGACCAGCUGGAGCUGGAUUCUGUAAUGGCUUCUCAUUCGUAA